CGAAAUACUCUGCCGACGCUGUCGCAGCCGCUUGGAGUCUCCAAAUCUUUAUGUUCAUCUACACGUCGAUGGCUACAUUUUGGACAUACGACUAUGUCUGCUCAAUCAGCGAGGAGGGAAUAUUUUUGCUUUAUUCCCGCUGGAACAGGGUCAAAUUUUUGUACGUUGUGACACGGUAUGUGCCUUUCCUUCUUUUUGUUGCGCACUUGUAUUUGAACUUCGUCCCAGAUGAGACUUCCAGUACAUGCCAAAUUAUCAACAACAUUUGCUCAACUUUUAGCCUGAUAUCCAUUGUCUGCUCAGAAUGUUUCCUCAUCCUCAGGACUUACGCACUGUGGAACAACAAUAAGGUCGUUUUGACAGUUAUGCUAUCAACUUUUGCAGCUGUAAUUGUGGGGUCUAUAGUUGCCCUAUUUUCCGCCACUGCGACUGCGCCGUUCGAGACAAGUCCAAUUCCAGGCAUCACAGGCUGUUAUCAGUCCUCAGGAAGUGUCAGGCUUUUUGUCCCUUUCCUUCUUUUGUUCGGAUUAGAAUUGAUGCUGAUUUCACUCACGCUCACAUGCGCCAUACGAAAUUGGUGUGCAACCAACAACCGUUUGUAUGUUGUUGUAUUGAAACACAACGUGCUUUAUUAUGCAUGUGGUCUGUUUUUCUCGACCAUAAACAUUCUGACGUCGCUGCUACUCGAUUAUGCGUAUAGCGGCAUGUUCCAAGAUUUCCAAUUUAUCAUUCAUGCCAUACUCGCCACUCGAAUGCAUCUCCAUCUGUGGCAUGCUGAUCACAAUCGCGAUUGUAAUGCCUCGGAUUCAAUUUCUCUCUCCCAGUUGGCGCCCGCACCUUAUAUUGAGUCAGCCUAACUAUUAGCAUACAUGCCCUCACAGGGCGGUCUGGAGGGAAGGGGAGAUUGCAAUUGACUGCUCCAGUGGGCUCGCCAGGCGAGAUCGGAUCAUCACUUGCGAUGUUGUGAUGGGGAAACUCGUGCACGCACCCGGAGUGGCUCCUGGAGUGCCAUAGACAACUCUCGUUGAAUGGUCCGUCCGGAUCGAUGGAGGUUGGGUUCAGAUGUGAAUAUCCACUGUCGCUGGGCUGGACGCACAGGUACAAUUGUCAGCGGAAGACACAAAACAUAUAGCUCGUCGAUUUCCUCCGUAUAUAUACGUCUUGGACCAACUCAAUGCCAGUGUGGCACCGGAAAAUCCUCUCUGCAGUCUACGACAUGAGUUAUCGAGUAUUAUCAGUGAGUACUGUCAGUAUCACA